AUGGGCCGAUUUGAAGGAAAAUCAGUAAUUGUUACUGGCGCAUCCACUGGAAUAGGCCGAGCAACAGCACAAUUAUUCGCUCGAGAAGGAGCAAUGGUGACCAUCUGUGGUCGAAAGGAGGCUGCUUUAGCGGUGCGGAAUUUUCUACUUUGAAA